AUGACCAGGAAACGCGCUGCCCCAGCACGGCCGACGGUCAACCCUCGUCCUUUCGCCCGUGGCUCGCUCCCCGAUCUUUUUGCUCGACAGUCUUCCCAGUCUGCCCCGCCUUCGUCCCCGCCGGGCUCAGACCCCCUUGGCCGAGCGUCAAGGUCGGGGAGUAAUAAGACCAUGGGCAAUGCCCCUGUUUCAAACAGGCGGAAGAAAGUCGACGCUCCUCCGCGCUCUGAUCAGGAGGUUAUUGUCAUUCAAAGCUCUUCUGAAGCCACUCACAUCACUAUCUCCUCCGAUAAUCCCUCACACAUAUCUAUAUCUAGUGACUCCGUGGCUCCUGUUCCACAAAAAUUUCGGCCCACUGCUACCUAUCCCUCAAAAAUCGCGCCUAGCGCUGUCGUGCCUGCGACUUCGCCGCCAGCUGCAAGCAUCUCCACCGAGACAUCGCUUUUGCCUUCUACUUCUCAAUUACGGUCGGACCUGUCCCUGGAGCGCGCUCGCCGUCGUUCUCCUUAUAAACUGAAGUCGCCUCGGAAGCGAAUACUAGAGUCUGACAGUGACAACGGGCACACACUGGGCGAAUUUCGUGUUCCGAGGGUACCUCCGUCCUCAAAAGGGAUUUCCCCUCUAGACCCGAAUUCGUCGCCGUUGCGCAGACCCUGUAGUAAAUUAUCCACAUCAAAGGAAUGCGCACUCCCGUCUCCCAGCGACAGCGGUAAAGGUAAAGAGCUUGCUUCUCCCAAACGUGCACGUCUUUCUCCUCCCUAUGACCUCGAUCCUAACCCGCUGAGCUCCGGCCAUGAAGCGGAUGUAGAAGAACUUAUCCCAAGCAGCCAGUCGGACGAACAGGAAUUGUCUCUUCCUGUCGUGGUCAAGAAGAAAAAUCCUGCAGAAAUCAAGGACUCUGUAGAGAGGUGGAGGAAACAAGCCAUGAUUCACCCUUCAAGUCAACAAUGUUCCCCUGAAUCACUCGGCACAGAUUUGGACCCACUUGACCACGAUGUUCGACAUCAUGGAGAUGGUGCUGCUAUGGAUGUUAACAUUCCACUGGGACCUCCAUGUUUUCCAGGCAGCGCAUACCCCAGUCUACAUAUAACAGCGGGCGAAAUACCCAAUGUACCUCAUUCUGAAACUGAGGUCAGUUUGCAGUUAGGCGAGUGUAGUUCUGUGUCAACGUUGUCAUCACGGCGCAUAGAUCCUACAACAUCUGUUGCUUCUUCCGUUGUCGUCUCCGCUCGGAAUACACCUAAGGAAACUCGUUCAGAGUUUUUUCAUUCGCCUACCGAGCUUCGUCAAAUCACGCCUCCGAUGUCGAGUGACUCUCCUCUUCCCGUGACUCCGAAAAUUCUAGACCCUGAGACGAAAACGGCGAAGAUUAUAGCAGACAUCAAGGCCAAAGUUCUUGCUGCGGCGCGUUCGAGUCCUGAAGAAGAACCAGUUGAUCUGAAAGAAAUUGAGGACAGCAGCGAUGACUCGGAUUUAGAGUCGAUGGAUAAACUCUUUGUACUUGUCAAAGGUAAAGGGAAAGCUGUGGAUCAAUCUCCCCUCAGAAAAGUUGGAUCGGUCAGCUCGCCGCUUGCUAACUUAGAUAGCUCCCGGGCAUCGAAGAAGGGUUCUCCACGGUACAAUAUGCGUCGGCGCUCACCGUCCAAGCACAAUACCAUGACUGAGGAGAAAUUGCCUGCGCUAUUUAGCCUUCAUACUUCAUCCACACAUAGAGUAUCUAGGAAAAACGAUCCUUUGGACGCGCUGCUUAGGGAGAAGCGGCUUGCGGACAAGCGCGGUAAUGGUGUAAACGCCCUUCGCAUCGCUGAAGCUACCGUCGCGUCCUCAUCGAAAGAGAAGGAAAAGAUGGUGUUAGACUUUGAUGACGAUAAUCCUUCGGAUGUGGAUCCUGCAUGGGCGGACGAGCGUGCCGCCAUGGAGGUUGUUCGACAAGGGGCGCAAGGUCUCAAACUGAAGUCCUCCAGUCCACAACCUAUGACAGAUACCGACAUUGACGGGAGCGACAGUGAGGAGACUGACGAACUGGAUGAGAAGGAUUAUGAGAAGAUGCUUGGUGAAAAGGGAGGAGAGAAGUUCGCCCCUAUUUUGGUCAAAGAUCGCAAGAACAGAAUUGCGAAAGGAAAAAAAAGGCGGAUACCGCGGCUCCUGGGAAUGCCAUUUUGGGAGGUUUCUGGGGAAGAGCAGCAUGGCGAAGCUAUGCAGGUCGACAGCCUCCCAUCCCUCCCUCUAGACCAAAGCAAAGUCAAUGGACAUCCAUUACUUGACGUUUUGUACAACAUCGUAGUCGCGGGUGGUGCACAAAACCAGGUUGACUUCCUUAUUGAAGUCGAAAUUCCUUGCAUGUUUAGAACCCCAGCACUUCUGCGCACUGCUGCCCUGGCUGUUUGA